AAUAAAAUAUAAAUCCAGUUUUGCACUUCCUUCCUUCCGUCCUGAAGCACAUUAACAAAAAUACACUAGUAACUCAAACCUCACUCAAACGACCAUAACGCUGCUUGGAGUGGUAUCAAGAGCAAUAUCAGCAACUGUCAGAAUUCUUUCAACAGAAAACAGGGAGAACUUUGACAGAAGGAUUGGUGAGUAGGAUGGUGGACCGCCUAAUGAACACAGAGAUCAAUACACAACGAAUUGUUGCAGUUGAAAAUUGCUUUGGAGCAACAGGUCAACCUCUGGUCUUGCAUGGCCGAGUGCUUGUGGGUGAAGGAUUAUUGACAAAAGUCUGUCGCAAAAAACCAAAACCCCGGAUGUUUUUCCUGUUUAAUGACAUCCUUGUAUAUGGAAGUAUUAUUAUCCACAAGAAAAAGUACACCAGUCAACAGAUAAUACCAUUGGAGGAUGUCAAUGUUGAAGAUCUUCCAGACAAUGACAGUCUGAAAAAUCAAUGGAUGAUAAAAACUUCACGAAAAUCAUUCGUAGUGUGUGCUGCCACCCGCCCUGAGAAAGAGGACUGGAUGAAGCAUAUUAACAAAUGUAUCAAACAACUGCUGGAAAAGACAGGAAAGGCACCACCUACUGAACAUGCAGCCCCUUGGAUACCAGACAAGAUGACAGAAAUCUGCAUGCGGUGCACUCAAAAAAAGUUCAACACUUUAAUUCGCAGGCAUCACUGUCGGAACUGUGGCUUUGUGGUGUGCCAUUCUUGUUCAAAGCACAAGUUUCUCAUGCCCAAGCUGUCAUCAAAGCCUUUAAGGGUAUGCACAUUAUGUUACAAUAAAUUGAUGGAAGAGAAGGAUAAAAUCUCAACUUUAGAGAGAAAAGCAGAUGAGACCACUGAUCUGAAUGAUGAUAGUGAUGACAAAUCCAGUGAUGAGGAGAAGGAAGAGCUGGGCCAGGAGCCACUCUUUUUAACAGAUCUCUCUUGGUCCUCUUUCCACACUUAGUCACAUACACAGCCAAUUAACUCAAUAAUAGCAUCAUGAAGUGAAAGCAGCUCUCUUCCAAACAAUAUUUCAGAGAAAUGUGUCACUAAUUUUACUUCAUAUUAACCAAUUUAAAAUGCUAUUGAGCUUUGCACUACAGUGCAUGUUUUUCUUUCUUGUUGUAUUCUAUACAAACUGGUUAUAACUGAUUUGCCAUUACCAUAAGGGAAUUUAUGCAAUUUACAUUUCGUGGGCAGAGUUUGAUGCUCACACCCAUGGUGUAUUUUGAGACAGGGGUUAUUUAACUGAACAUAAAGUUCCCAGAUGGAGACGCCACUGACUUCUCACAAGUGGGAAAGCUGUCUACAAGCUUUCCUGUCCAAAUGCUAAUUGAAGUCCUUGCCAAUUGAAAUCCAACUUUCUAUACAAGAAGCCCAAAUGUGUUUUUUAGGGGCUCCCAGAGAGCGGUCUAUCAUUAGGAGGGACCCAGAGACCUGGCAAAGAGAAGGGAGGCAGCAUGAUUUUUUUUGAAAGUCAUUCCACCUUUCUUUCUUCUAAAUCGACUCAGAUGCAAGUCAUUGAUCCUGUUUCUGCAACUCCUGUUUUAUUCUUGUUCACUUCUAUCCUGCAUCCCAUGCUGAUUUAAUGGAUGCACAGCUGGCAACCCCCAGUGUGACUCCAGUAACAUUGAUGAUAAUAUAGAAUUGCUGACCUCUGUUUGGUUGGAAACUCUUGGGUGGAGUGGGACCUCCACCUCUGGAGUAAGCUGUGACAUAUUAAAUUCUGCCUCAUAUCUCCGUACACAAACACUGUACGUAUAUCUGUUACUGUGUUUAAUCCUGAAUGUCACAUUCCAUGAAGCCAUCUGGUUGGGCUCCUGAUGAAUUAGUUAGCUGAUCUCAACUUCGGGGACGGUCAAAGUAUGAUAAUUUGUCUCUGCACCUCUUAUAAGGGAGCAGAAAAUCAAUGAAAAUGGAGCUGAAAAUCAACAAAGGUUUCUACUCUUAAUCAAAUGAGGAUGAAAUCGGACUUAAACUUGAAUUUGACAUUAGCCAAGAUCAGAUAUUCUCCGUGUUUACACAUGAAUACUUGUUCCUCAGCUCCUGGCCCACCAAACGCCUGAAGACCCGGGUUCAAUUCCCGACUCAGGCGACUGACUGUGUGGAGUUUGCACGUUCUCCCCGUGUCUGCGUGGGUUUCCUCCGGGUGCUCCGGUUUCCUCCCACAGUCCAAAGAUGUGCGGGUCAGGUGAAUUGGCCAAGCUAAAUUGCCCGUAGUGUUAGGUAAGGGGUAAUGUAGGGGUAUGGGUGGGUUUCGCUUCGGCGGGUCGGUGUGGACUUGUUGGGCCGAAGGGCCUGUUUCCACACUGUAAGUCUAAUCUAAUCUAAUCUAAUCUAAUCAAACGUGCUUCAGGUUAAAGUAUCCACCUCUGACAAGAAAGAAAAGAAGGUGGACAAAUUUAUAAAAAUGGAACCAAUGCAGAUCGCCACACCAUGCACUGCAACAAUCCCAAAGUAAUUAGACUUCGAACUUUUCAACAUUUAUAUUGCUUCUGGAAAACUUAGUACAAGUCUUGCGUCAUGUAGCAUUUGCAAUUUGUAACAUGGUCAAGUAGCUUUAUGUUAUGCUUAUGAGAUUUCUGAAUAAGUGCAAUUGUAUGUCUACAUUUAGAACAUAAUCAUUGUACAAAGUCUACAAAUCACUCAGAAUUAUAUUAAAGCUCUGUCACCUUUGAUGAAACAAGAAACAAUUGAACACAGCAUGUGAUUUUCAUCGAAAUUCAUAGAAUCCCUACAGUGUGGAAACAGGUCAUUUGACCCAACAAGUCCACACCGACCCUCCAAAAAGUAACCCACACACAGACUCAUUCCCCAUUACUCCACAUUUACCCUGGCUAAUGCACGUCCACAUUCCUGAACACAAUGGGCAAUUUAGCAUGGCCAAUUCCAUGGGCGGCGCGGUGGCACAGUGAGUGGGCGGCGC